GGUGAAACUAAAUGGAGUCGUACAGUUGAUAGACAGUGCACAUUUUUUUUGACUAAUUGGUAAAAAUGUACGGGUAAUGGACACGGUUAUAUGUUAUUAAUGAGAAGAUAAACAUUCCUUGACAAGAUUCUGUGAAGUGAUUCCAAGUACAGUGUGUGUUAAGUGCCGAACGCUCCUAAUGUCACAGUUAUGAUCAAGUGAAUUUAAGGGCGUCCAUUUCGUGUUUGUUUUUACAUUGUUUUGAGUGCAUAUGUGUUAUAAAAAUACGUAUAUAUUUUGUGUACGUGUAGAAAAUAAUAGUGGUUGAUUGUACUGAGUGAUCUGUUUAUGCAAAUUGAUUGCUCUCGAUCAUUGUGAGCUCGGAGAAAAAGUCUCUGUGUUCUGUGAGAAUAAUAACAGGCGGCUCCUAUGACGUGAAGCAGCCAAGCACAAUGCACCGCGAGCUGGCCACCAUUCUGGUCGCCAUUUUGUCUCUAAGUUUGGUGCAGAGAGCAAUUCGCGCAGACCUCUCUGGAGACAUCGUGCGUUCAUUCAACGACUCCGCUAAUACUGAGAGAUUUACUCAUCUCGUCGUCGAUAAGAACACGGGUCGCGUUUUUAUUGGGGCCGUCAAUCGUCUGUAUCAACUUUCACCCGAUCUUGAGUUUGUGUCUCGGGCAAUUACGGGUCCGCAUCUUGAUUCACCAGAAUGCUCUGUUUUAGAAGAUUGCCCUGCAGCAGGCAAAGCAAAGAAUCUUACCGAUAAUGUUAAUAAGGCUCUCGUCAUCGACUACACCACACGUCGACUGAUAGCAUGCGGCUCGCUGUUUCAGGGUGUGUGCACUGUUCAUGAUGUCCAAGAAGUUGAGAGGAUAUUAAUGCAAGUUAAAGAAGCGGUUGUGGCCAAUAAUGCUACGGCAUCAACGGUUGCCUUCAUAGCGCCUGGUCCUCCGAAUCCGCCGGUCACGCAAGUUAUGUAUGUUGGCGUCACGUUCACGGGCAAUUCACCAUAUCGGUCAGAAGUACCCGCAGUAAGUUCGCGAAGUCUAGAACCGCGGUCGAUGUUCCUCAUCGCUGAGACUGCGGUCACGACGGGAACCAGAAUGUUCGUGAAUUCGCUGGCUCGCGAGCGCUAUCCUAUUAACUAUGUUUACGGCUUUAGUUCUGAAGGGUUUUCGUACUUCUUGACGACACAAAUGAAACACACGACUGCCAAUGAGUAUAUUAGCAAAAUGGUCCGGGUGUGUCACGAUGACGAGAACUACUAUUCAUAUACUGAAAUUCCUGUGGACUGCGUAACGGAAGCGAUGGGAGGCAAGAAGUACAACCUCGUGCAGGCGGCCUAUGUGGGCAAAGCUGGUUCUGAUCUAGCGGCCGAUUUGGGAAUCACGGCGCAAGAUGACGUAUUAUUUGCAGUAUUUAGCGAGUCCGAUGCACCUGCUUCCAGCCGCCCUUCUGAGAAGUCAGCAUUGUGCGUUUACUCUUUAAAAGCAAUUCGUAGAAAGUUUAUGCAAAAUAUUAAGAACUGCUUCGGAGGACAUGGAAAUCGGGGAUUGGACUUCAUAUCACCCAGUCUUGGAUGUGUGCUAACGAAACUGCAAACUAUAGGAGAAGAUUUCUGCGGUCUUGAUGUUAAUACACCUCUCGGAGGUGAGCAACCUAUUGCUGCCGUGCCAGUAUUGCUGCUACCGAACACGCGGCUCACCGCGGUAGCCGCUACUUCGACUGGCGACUACACCGUCGUUUUCGUGGGAACCGCCGAUGGACAUCUGAAAAAGGUCGUAGUGGAAAGCUCAAUGUCUGCUCUAGUUUAUGGUGAUUUAGUUGUGGAUGAAAAUUCUCCGGUAAAUCCUGAUUUACACUUCGAUACGCAACUUAUGCAUUUAUAUGUGAUGACAGAGAAAAAGGUAUCAAAAGUAAAAGUACAAGAAUGCAGUGUAUACAAAACUUGCUGGGAUUGUUUAGGUGCCAAAGAUCCAUAUUGCGGAUGGUGUUCCUUAGAUAACAAAUGUAGCUUAAGAUCGAAUUGCCAAGAUGCUGCCAAGGAUCCUUUAUAUUGGAUUAGUUACAAAAGUGGAAGAUGUACUACAAUCACGACAGUUUCACCGCAUCAGUUGCAAAGAACGACAGCAAGAACGUUGGAGUUAGUGAUUGAGAACCUUCCAAACUUGUCUGGUCAGUUUCAAUGCGCCUUUUCUGCAUUGGAUAAAACAUUACUUACAAAUGCAACUCGCAAAACUUAUGGAGUGAAUUGUACCACGCCGAGAACAGAUGUUUUGCCAGCUAUACCACCAGGACAACAUCAUUUCACUGCCAAACUAUCAGUACGGAUGACAUCAGGGCCUGAUUUUGUUGCAACUAAUUUCACAUUUUUUGAUUGCAACACUUACAGUUCUUGUACACAGUGUGUAUCGUCAUCAUUUCCAUGCGACUGGUGUGUAGAUGGACACAGAUGUACACACGAUACGGCAGAAAAUUGCCGCAAUGAUAUUUUGGUUACUGGCGUCAGUAGAAUUGGACCAAGUUAUCGAUCUGGGCCAGGAUUUUGUCCUACGAUUAAUGCAACUGGAGGUGGUUCCACAGAAAUUUUAGUGUCAUCAGGGAUCAAGAAAACUAUCAAAGUUAAAGUUCAUAUCAUAGGACAAUUUAUAGUACAAACAAGAUUUGUCUGUCAAUUCAACAUUGAGGGUCGAGUUACUAGUGUGAACGCUCAACUACUUGGUGAUACUAUAUACUGUGAUCCAAUGGAGUUUUCAUAUAACUCAAGAGCACCCAACAUUACUGCAACUUUUGCUGUUAUUUGGGGUGGCAGUAAACCUUUGGAUAAUCCGGAUAAUAUGCAUGUUGUUAUAUAUAGAUGCAAAGACAUGGCUGACAACUGCGGCAUGUGCCUUGCCUUAGCUGAAAAAUAUGGCUGUGGUUGGUGCCAGAGUUCAGAUAGAUGUGAAGUCAAAGAACAGUGUGAUCUUGCCAAAAAUCAUACAAUGGUUUGGCUAAACCAUAGCAAAACUUGUCCAAAUCCUGAAAUUCACUCUUUUAGUCCUGAAUUGGGUCCUUGGGAAGGUGGUACUAAUAUAACUAUACAGGGAAUUAAUCUUGGAAAAACAUUUGAAGACAUUUACACUGGGUUAACCAUUGCUGAUAUGAAUUGUCAACCCUACAGACAUUUGUAUGUUAAGACGAAAGAAAUUGUAUGCAUUGUUGACUCUCCUGGUGAAAAUGAACCUAGAAAGGGGCCUGUGAUAGUUAGGGUAGAGACCUAUACUGGCCAGUCUAAAUAUAACUUUUCUUUCGUCAAUCCUGUCAUAACUGGUAUUAGUCCUAAAUAUGGGCCAGUGUCAGGAGGUACUAGGUUGAGGAUCACUGGGAAGUACAUGAAUGCAGGAAGCCGAAUUGAAGCAUUUAUUGACAACAUACCAUGUGAAAUUUUGAGCACUGAUGCUACUGAGGCUUUAUGUCGUACUAGUACAGCCAAUCGUACAAUGAAGGGCCAUUUGCGAAUGAAUUUUGACAAAGGUGUUCGACACUAUACUGGUGGAGUUUUUGAAUAUGUGGAAGAUCCAGUUAUAGAAAGUGCAGAAUCUGGAGUUACGGGACAAUUGAAAGUGCCAAAGGGAAUACCAGCUGGUGGAAUUAAAAUUAGUGUCAUAGGGAAAAAUUUGGCAUAUAUACAAAAUCCACAAAUGUAUGUUUAUUACGAAGAGAAAAUGUUUAUCAGUAAUUGUGAAAUACAAAGCAAUACAAAUAUGAUAUGCGAGUCACCAGUUAUUGAAUCAGAAAACAGACAAUUAGAUUCUGAAAAGCCUUUAAAUUUAGAAUAUGGUUUCCAAAUGGACAAUGUUCCUGGGGUGCAGAAUUUAUCUAUGCAGCAGAACAAGCAGGCUUUUCAAUUAUACCCAAAUCCAAUUUAUGAACCUUUUGAUGAGGAAGUCAAAUAUUACAAGUCUGAUUACUUAACAAUAAAUGGGCAGCAUCUCGAUCGAGCAUGUCAAGAAUCUGAUGUUGAGGUUAGAAUAGGAAACAGUUUUUGCAAUGUAACAUCAUUGUCACGGCAACAAUUAACAUGUCGACCUCCAAACACCCAGCCCCCAGCAGUGGGUGAGAAUGGAGAAUUAAAUGAUAUGGAGCUCCCUGAAGUUGUGGUUAAGGUUGGACAUUCUCUGCAGUAUACUAUUGGUAAACUAUCAUAUGCACCUGCUGGUAUAAAUGGAGCUCUGACUAAGCCUGCAAUGAUUGGAGUGAUAGUAGGCAUAGUGAUUUUAGUAUUCAUAUUUAUUGCUUUCUUAAUAGCUUAUCGUAGAAAAUCUACAGAAAGCAAUAGAGUAUUAAAGAAUAUGCAGGAGCAAAUGGAUAUACUAGAAUUACGUGUUGCUGCUGAAUGUAAAGAAGCAUUUGCUGAGUUACAAACAGAGAUGACUGAUAUGACUGGUGAUCUCACAUCAGGUGGCAUUCCUUUCCUGGAUUACCGAACUUAUGCAAUGAAAAUCUUAUUUCCUAAUAUGGAUGAUCAUAUUGUCUUGCAAUGGGAAAGGCCAGAAUUACUUCGCAAAGAAAAGGGAUUAAGGCUUUUUGGGCAACUUAUUAUGAACAAAACAUUUUUAUUAUUGUUUAUUAGAACUUUAGAAAGUAAUAGAUAUUUCUCCAUGAGGGAUCGUGUUAAUGUUGCUUCUCUGAUUAUGGUAACAUUACAAAGCAAGAUGGAAUAUUGCACUGAUAUACUCAAAACCCUUUUAGCAGAACUUAUCGAAAAAUGUAUGGAAGGCAAAAGUCAUCCAAAGUUGUUAUUAAGAAGAACAGAAAGUGUCGCUGAAAAAAUGCUUAGUGCUUGGUUCACUUUCUUAUUAUACAAAUUUCUCCGAGAAUGUGCUGGGGAACCCUUAUAUAUGUUAUUUAGGGCAAUGAAGGGGCAAGUUGAUAAAGGACCAGUAGACGCUAUCACUUCUGAAGCAAGAUAUUCUUUGAGUGAGGAGAAACUCAUUCGACAGUCUAUUGAUUUUAAACCUCUGACAAUCUAUGCCUCAAUUUCUCAACAAACUAUAUUAAGUGGGUUUGAUCCUAACAAUGAAAACAUUCCAGUGAAAGUUUUAGAUUGUGAUACAAUUAGUCAAGUUAAAGAGAAAUGUUUGGAUACCAUAUAUCGUGCCAUGCCUUAUUCUCAAAGGCCUAGAAAGGAUGAUUUAGACUUGGAAUGGAGAACUGGUGCAUCUGGUCGUUUAAUAUUAUAUGAUGAAGACACCACAACUAAGAUGGAAAGUGACUGGAAGAAACGAAAUACAUUAAAUCACUAUAGAGUUCCAGAUGGUGGCAUACUGAAUCUUGUUCCUAAGCAAAGCUCAAUAUACAAUUUAUCUAUUUUAUCCGAUAAAAAUGAUAAGUCUCACAAGUAUGAAACUUUGAAUUUAAGUAAAUUUAGUUCUGCAAGUCCACCUUUAAGUCGUGCCACAAGUCCAUUAAAUCAUGAUAAUGAUGCUGGGUUGAAGUGUUGGCACCUUGUUAAACAUCAUGAUACUGAUGCCCAGAAGGAAGGUGACAGGGGUAACAAGAUGGUAUCAGAAAUUUAUCUCACAAGACUUUUAGCCACUAAGGGUACUUUGCAAAAGUUUGUAGAUGACCUAUUUGAGACAAUCUUUAGUACAGCUCACCGGGGUUCAGCCCUACCCUUAGCCAUUAAAUAUAUGUUUGAUUUCCUAGAUGACCAGGCUUUGCAACAUGGAAUAUCUGAUCCAGAAGUGGUACAUACAUGGAAAAGCAAUAGUUUGCCACUCAGGUUUUGGGUUAAUCUCAUUAAGAAUCCAAAUUUUGUAUUUGAUAUACAUAAAUCAAAUAUCGUUGAUUCAUGUUUAUCGGUUGUUGCACAAACUUUCAUGGAUUCUUGCUCCACGUCUGAUCACAGAUUAGGCAAGGAUUCGCCAAGUUCCAAGCUACUGUAUGCAAAAGAUAUACCUGUAUAUAAAGAGUGGGUAGAAAGGUAUUAUUCUGAUAUUAAAAUAAUGCCUGCCAUAUCUGAUCAGGAUAUGAAUGCCAUGCUUGCCGAAGAAUCUAGGAUGCAUACAACAGAAUUUAAUACGAAUUGUGCUUUGCAUGAAUUAUAUAAUUAUGCAAUGAAAUAUAAUGAACAAUUGACAGUGACACUGGAAGAGGAUGAAUUCUCACAGAAACAACGUUUGGCACUAAAGUUAGAGCAAGUACAUAGUAUAAUGUCUGUUGAUUCAAAUCCGUGACCAGAAGUCAUAAAUUGGACAAAUCAUACAGAGUUACCAUGUUGAUAAAAUUUCUAAUAAUUAAGGAUAUCAUUUCCUAAAAAAAAUUCUG